AUGACGACCCAGCGCAAGCGCUUCUUCAGCUUCAUCCUCAAUGAUUUCGUCCGCGUACCGGUCACCACCCAUGCCAUGCGCUGCAUCGACAAGGCUGGCGGUAUCGACGCCUACCUGCUGACUAGCCAUCCGCGCAAGUUCGAGGACAGUGAACUCGCGCAGUCCCUGCGCCAGCGCCUGAUUGACCAGGUCGGUGGGUCUCUCGAGGAUGCGGUCCAACGCGCCCGGCUGACGGUCAAGUAUGGCCUGGAUGCCUCGUACGAGGCCAAGCCUGCCGUCGCCACCACCAAUCGGCUCCUCCAGCAGCAGCGCCUCGGUGCUGGGGCUUUCACCGGUGACCUGAGCAGCGUCCUGUACCACCAGGUGGAUCCGCAGAAGGAGGACAUGAUCUCUGCGGCCCAGCUGCAGGCCGCCGAGGAGAUGGCUGCCUCGCAUGCCGCCGCGCGCGCCGAGUUCUUCAACGCCUCUGACUCCGACUCCGCGGAGGAUGAGGAGAUUGUCGACAAGUAG